CUUGAGAGUCGGAUCUUCUUCAAUAUUUCUUGACACGCUUUAAAGACAGAAAACCCCCCCGGAUCUUUUUCACACUAAAUCACACGCAGACACUUCAAAGAUCUUUAAAGAGAGAAAGGGACUAUGCAGAUUUAGACUUGAGAGAGAGUUCAUCAGUUAACUCUAGCUACAUACAUAUCUGCAUUCGUCUUAUACAUACGCAUCUAAGUGUAGUAGUGAUGUAUGACUGAGAAACCCUAGAUGAUAAAAGGGUUUGGUUUAGAAUUACUAAUGUGUGAUUGAGUUCAGAUCCGAGUGAUGGAGGAGGUAACAGGCGACGGCGGUAUGAUAGGAAUGAGGGAUGCGAUGGAGAAUAGCGGCGGCAAUGUACGGCCUCCGAUGGGUGAGACGGCGACGUUUAUGAUGUCGGGAUCUUUCAGGGAAGGAGUAGGAGGUGGGAGGAGCUCAGGUAGCGGUAGUCGUAGGAGAGCUAUGGUGAGACCCAGCUUAGACGCCGACGAGUUUAUGAAUCUGCUACACGGAUCGGAUCCGGUGAAGGUCGAGCUUAAUCGGUUGGAAAAUGAAGUUAGAGAUAAGGAUCGAGAAUUGGGGGAAGCACAGGCGGAGAUCAAGGCCCUCAGGCUAUCUGAACGAUUAAGGGAAAAAGCUGUUGAAGAGCUAACUGAAGAAUUGUCAAAGGUGGAUGAGAAGCUGAAGUUGACAGAAUCUCUUCUAGAAAGCAAAAAUCUUGAAAUCAAGAAAAUCAAUGAUGAAAAGAAAGCAUCAAUGGCAGCUCAAUUUGCAGCAGAAGCCACUCUGCGAAGAGUUCAUGCUGCUCAAAAAGAUGAUGACAUGCCACCAAUUGAAGCCAUUCUUGCACCAUUGGAAGCUGAGCUCAAACUUGCUCGACAAGAGAUUGCAAAGUUACAAGAUGACAACAAAGCAUUAGAUAGAUUGACCAAGUCAAAGGAAGCUGCUUUGCUUGAAGCUGAAAGGACUGUUCAAGUUGCAUUAGCAAAAGCUUCAAUGGUGGAUGAUCUUCAAAACAAGAAUCAGGAGUUGAUGAAACAGAUAGAAAUUUGUCAGGAGGAAAAUAAAAUUAUGGAUAAAAUGCAUCGACAAAAGGUUGCUGAGGUGGAAAAGCUUACACAGACUGUACGUGAGCUUGAAGAAGCUGUUCUUGCUGGUGGUGCUGCUGCAAAUGCAGUGAGGGAUUACCAACGCAAAGUUCAAGAAAUGAAUGAGGAAAGAAAAACCCUAGACAGAGAAUUAGCACGUGCAAAAGUUACAGCAAAUAGAGUGGCAACAGUGGUUGCUAAUGAAUGGAAAGAUUCUAAUGAUAAAGUAAUGCCAGUAAAACAAUGGCUUGAAGAAAGAAGAUUCUUGCAGGGUGAGAUGCAACACUUGCGCGAUAAGCUGGUGAUAACCGAACGUGCUGCGAGAUCUGAAGCACAGUUAAAAGAAAAGUUUCAACUGAGACUUAGAGUGCUGGAAGACACGUUGAGGUCGCCAAAUCCUAUGAAUCGAAUCGGUUCAUCGGAUGGAAAAAGCAUGAGCAAUGGUGGUCCUUCACGCCGCCAGUCUCUAGGUGGAGGAGGUGACAAUUUUACGAAAAUGCCCUCGAAUGGUUUUUUGCAUAAAAGAUCACCAUCUUUUCAGAUGAGGUCUUCUGGUUCAAGUUCUGUUUUGAAGCAUGCCAAGGGUACAUCCAAGUCAUUUGAUGGUGGCACUAGAUCAAUUGACAGGGGUAAAGUCGGUAAUAGUCCUACUUUUAAUAUUGGUGAGGGCAAAAAGGACAUUGAAACACCUGAAAAAAGUAGUGAGUUCACUGGAAAUGAAAGUGAAGAUAGUGUUCCAGGGUUGUUGUAUGAUUUGUUGCAAAAAGAGGUGAUUUCUUUGAGGAGAUCUGGACAUGAGAAGGAUCAAAGCCUUAAAGACAAAGAUGAUGCCAUUGAGAUGCUAGCAAAAAAAGUAGAUACAUUAACAAAAGCUAUGGAAGUUGAAGCAAAAAAGAUGAGAAGAGAAGUAGCUGCAAUGGAGAAAGAGGUAGCUGCAAUGCGUGUUGAUAAAGAACAAGACAAUAGGCAAAAACGCUUUGCUUCUUCAAACUCAAAGCCUUCUUCUAUAAAUAGGAAUGUGACACGUGGUGGGUUGACAAGGAGCACACAAUAACAUUACAGAGACACAUGUAUCAGGCCUCUCCAUCUUUCUUGUUUACCAUUUUACUAUUUUACCCUUGUUGUGAAGAUAUGAAAAAAAGAAAAGGAGUUGUUGAAAAUGGUAUUGGUUUGUUGUGACUAAUCGGUAGAAAUGAAGGAGAAAGGACUCACACCAUUGAAGAAGAAGCCGAGCUAACAUUUUGGCAGUUGUAUGUAUAUUUUGUUAGUAUUCCUAUCAUGAUUGUGGGUUGUCUUUUUACAUAUAUAUAUAUUUUUUAAUAUAUGAUUUAUAGCAGUUAUAAAUUUGGAAAUGUAAUUGCUUGUGCUUUUAAAAAAAAUCUAUUGGUUUUGUAUUUUUAA